AGUGAGUGAGAAGCGAGAGGAGCAUACAUAGAGCUCUGCGCAGUAGAUUAUGUAAGAAAAAGAAAUGGCUUUUGCGCUGCCCUUUAAAGGUAUCUAUAUUCUCAUGAGGAGGACAUUUCACAACUGAGAGGACUGGACAAGGAAAUUGCAUUCGAAAUUGCAACCAUGAUGCGUAAAAAUCCCGGUGUAAAUAAGGGCAAGGUACCGCUCGGAGCGGGUGCCACGAAGUUAAUGCGGGAUUCAGACAGUGAGCCGUCGACGGGGAGGAUGUCGCUGGGUCCAGAGCUCACCAAAGGGCUCACCGCGGAAGAAAUACGCGAAUUGGAAAUGAGCAUUCGGGAAGAUCUGGACGGCUCGAGGUUCAUUUGUCGCCCACCGGGAACAACUUCGUCCGCGCACCAUGAUAAAAGUAGGAGCUCAACUAGUCCUACCGCCGGCGUUGUGCAGGAGCCCCAGCCUGCAGAAGCGCACCCGGAGCCGGUGGACCUACCGGCUGUCGUGCCCUCCGCGAGCACUGGUGAGAAACCGCCACUCGCUCUGGACCAGCCGCCGCUGCAGUAUUCGCAGAGCGCCGGCACCUCCCUCCUGGACGCGACGCCGGCUACGAGCAGCUCCGCAAAACGCUUGUUGGUGAAUUUCUACCCUCGGAGCGGGGAGCGAGACCGGUCCGUGGGAGAUCCCAAAAAUGCCGGUCAGCAGCAGGACACGCCUCGUGGGAAAGCAAAAACGUCAGCGCCGAUACAUGUCACUCCAGGCUCGAAACUCGAUCCGCAGCUGUUUCCAAGGUAGGGUCUGUCUCAUUUUUUCUCUCGGCUACAGUGGGACCUUCUGGAAUUGAUGCGUUCUGACCUUUUUGGACGUCCCAGGAGAUGAGGUCUUUUAAGUGUUUAUGCUUUGUUGGCUAGAAAUAGAAUUCAUCUAUCUGAUAAAUUUAUACUGAUUCCACCGCACAGCGUUUAACAUUCACAGGGUUUCUGCUUCCUCGAGCAGUGAGGUUGCAAGUACGACGGAAGACGAACACCAGCUCGGCAUUGUGGAACAGGCGAAGCGAAAGCUGUCGUUGAGUUCCUCUUCCAAUCAACCCGCAGUUUCCGCCGCAACGCGGGCGAGUCGGUCGGAUCUUUUCGCCGCCAGCCGGUCGCUCGCGGACCCACCACCACCAGGCAAUUCAGCUCGGAGUGUGACGUCUUCGGCUGGCGGGGCGCUGAGCACCGCGACUGGACAGCAAGCAAAGGGCGCGACUGCUGCUACCAUGAUGACGAGUGCUGCAACCACGGUAGCGUUAGCGUACUCGGCCUCGCUACCGGAGCCACGGGUGCUUUCAGAAAAACAAAAAGCUUUAGACCACGAUUACAGUGCGACGUCGGCAAACGGGGGCGAUCGACCCACUGUCGCAGACGACGGCACUUUAUUAAAGCCCAAGAAAGAACAUCACGUGGAGGUUGGUACGGGCCUUUCUGCUUCCUCCCGGAAUUGCUCGAACUCGAAUUCGCAGCAAGCGCUCGGGGCAACCUACUACUCGAUUUCGACGCCGGUGUGUUCCUCUCCAAUCAGGGACUUCAACAAGGCGGCGCGCAGUCGGACAACUUCUGGUGACGAACCUUGCGUUGAAGACGCAGCGGCUGUCACGGUGACGGCACCGGCGCACGCGGGGAGCGCACGACCUUCCGGGGGGUCUUUGACGACUGCAGUAGUUGCGUCUGGCAGCGGGACCAAACCGACAGCCGCCGGGUCGUCGAACCUAAAGGCUACGACCGUUGGCGGUGGCAGUAGCAGCAGCACGCCCGCAUCAUCAUCGUCCGCGGUAAACUCGAAAAAGAACAAAGCGAACACGGUAGGGUCUCGUGCCGGUACCUCUGGGCCUUCGCCGCAAGGGCGGCGGCAGCAAGCACCGCCCGCACCGAGAGGCGUCUCGAGCGGGUUUCAGGCGCACAGACCGGGAGCUGCGGGGCUAAAGGAGAAAAAGCAUGGCUCCGCGGGUACGGCCGCUGGACUCCGACCGACACAAGUACACCACCACACAACGCCGCAGCACACGCACCAGCGGACGAAACAGGAGGAAGGCUGCGUUGCGGAGACCGCGGGGACCGGUUCGGAUGGGUCCAGUGCGACGACCGCGGCUGCAGUGGCGGGGCUCCUGGAAAAGGAGCAACUGGCUUUGCGGAAAAAAACGAGAGAAGAAAAUGCUGCCUGGGUCGACAUGCUCGCCGAUUUAUGUACUUGUCGAUAUGAGUUUCUUCUCUAACUUCUCACACUUUCUCGUAAAUUUCAGAGUUACGAUAAAGAGCGCUUCACUUAGUUCACGCUUUUUGAAUCAAUAUGAACUGCGGCCACCCACAACUCGGAUGUUUGUUCCUAACAGGCACAGAAGUCGCUCAAGUUCGGGAGGAGUGUGCGAUGAUGAAGACUGCGCAUUCGACCUCCGCUGCAGCUGCGUCUGCCCUGCAAAAAGAAGCGGAACUGCACUCCCAGACACAGGUGGAAAAGUUGUCUGCGAGGCUCUCCACGGUAAAUUCAGUAAUUGCAACUUUACAGCUACUUUGUUUUCAUCGAGAUGAAAAUGCCUUGUUUUACAACUUGUAAAGCAAACAUAAAUCAAUUUGGUUCAGACAAACCCCUCUACUACCUCGAACUGCAGGUGGGUUCCGAGAUGGAGGCCAUCCGGGACGAGUUUUUUGAUUCGCAGACGCGGAUGCGGUAUCAAAUGCAAAAAUGUCUGGGUCUGGAGACUUGUGAUGUCGUGUGGCGUAUCAUGAGGAGGCCACAAUUGCUGGCUCAGCAUGACAAGUUUCUGAGCUUCUAGGUGUUGCCUAUUCUGCAUGACAAACUACGUUUCUGCAUGACAGAAAAGUGGGGCUCUUUGGUAAUGUGCAUGACAGAUUUAAGAGUCAUGCCAGACAAGCGUGACAAACUUGCAUUCUUCCAGACCCAGGCAUUUUUGCAUUUGAUAUGCGGGAGCUGAAGGGCGAGAUUGAGGUGGACGUCACUCGGCAGAAGGAGCUGCUCAGCGAGAGGAUUGACGAGGUGGCAAAGAAGUUCGAGUCGCUGGUGGAGGAGGUGCGCCAGCAGAAGGACGAGGAUAUCGAGAAGAUGCAGAAGGUAAUCACGGUGUCCAGCCGAAAGCAAACCUCCGCCGUGCAGGACGUCAAGAAGCUGGAGGCGGACUUGGAGAAGCUGAAGUUGGAGCUGGACAAGCGGUGCAAGCAAGUGGAUGUUUCCAUGAAAAAGGAGAUGCGGUUGCACGCCAAGAAGCUGUGCUCGGAAGCGCUCAAGUCCUCGCUGUCGUCCAAAAGUGGCGUGGAAACGCCCCCCGCGGACGAGAAAACGGUGGGGGUGCACCUGCCCGACAGUUCUCUGGAUCGCAUUCCCUCGGAAGAUUUCGCCACACCCUGUGCGCGCCACGCAGCGCCCCCUCCGACCGUGGAACGGCCCAAGUUUCUGCCAGGUAGUGGUGUUGGAGAGCGUUUUUGUUCUGUUCAUCGGAAACGUUUUUGUGGGAAAAUUUUGCUCUGUUACUUUUUUUCAUCUAUGAUUGGUUCGUUGCAUUUAUUUGAUGAAGUGGUGUUGUCGUGGUUGUCUAAUCACCUGCUCCUACUUCUGCAGUGAAUUUUUCUGAUCCCGAGGUUCUCGACCGAGCAGCGGGACCGCAGUGUCGGUGCAGCUACAGUCUUCCUCUUCCGACAUCGAGGGCAGCUCCAACGCGAAUAACAGCACCACCGCGGGUCCGGGUACCAGCAGCGAGAGCGAGCAUUUUUUGCCGCCGCCCGGCAGACUCAGCGAGAGCGUCCUGUCGCAGUACCAGGGAGCGCAAAGCGCCUCGGAGUUGCAGUUGAAACGGCAGAUCGCCGCGGAGGUGAAGAAGCAGCUGGCGCAGGUCGACGAAAAGCAGAAGCGCAAGCACGACGAAACCGCGGUGCUGCUCACGGAUUUGGACCGGUCUCUGAAGAAGAACGUGGUCAGUCUCAGCGCCCGGAUCGACCAGAUGAGCGAAAAGCAGAAAUCGUUGCAGAAACGGGUGAAGUUCCUGGAAGACGCCUCCACGCUGCAGGCCUCACAGGUCAACCGCGCGUUCGAGGUCGGAUUGGCGGACUUCAUGCGAAAAAUGGAAGACCGCCUGCAGCUCGUCCUCGACACCGCCCAAAGCUACCGCCGUGACAACCACAAGGACCUGCAGGAGGUGCGGAAGGAACUCUUCCAGCUGCAGGACGCCUGGGCGUCGCGCUUGGACCUGGUGGAGCACAAAGUCGCGCAUCUCAGGUCGUUUUCCGCCACUGCAAAAGCAGGUGACCCAGCGGAGGAGCACGACGCCCUGGAGGAGGAGGAGGAGAGCGAGAGCGACUCCGAUUCGCAGUCGCAAGAAGUAGCGAAGGACAGCGCGGCGGACCAUUUGCGAGACCACGAACAAACACGAGGCGAGUACGGAGCGGCUAGUCCGGACGACCACCGCCCGCGACGCCCAAGCUACAAGGAGGACACGGUGCCGCCGUUUUCACAGCGCCGCUCUGUGUACAACGCGUACCCAGGUGACAGCGUUUCUGCAGACGCCGUCAACAUCUCCCCGGAAAAGUUGCGUUUCCCGUCCGCGUCUGACGGUGCCGCGCCCGACGUCGUCCAAAAAACGAGCGAGCCCUUCCAUACGCCGAGCGACGAUGAAGAAGACGAAAGUGCGACGGCGGAAGAUUCCUUUGGCGAGGUGUCGGAAAUCCGCCACGCGGAGGAAGGUGCGUGAGCGUUUCUGGUUGUGAGUGUUGCGUCGUCGAUUAGACUAUAGACAUUUUACAUAUUACAUAUAGUAUGCAAGUAAAAACAAAAUACCGUUGAAAAGCCGUACCUUUCGGUUAGCUUAUUUUUGGCUUCUUUCAUUCUCGUCGUUGACGCAUCAUUUUUCCAAAUGUCAGGCACCGCCGACAGCUCCCCGAUGCUGCCCGAACAAGCGGAUCCCGGCCAGUAUCAGAACUCGCGAAAGGCAAGCGAGAGGAGACCGCCAGGCGAGAUGAACAGGGCGGUGGGUGCAGGUCCGAAAGUCACGGGCUCUCUCCGCUCAGAGCCCGUUGCCAUGCGCGGAGGCCAUGAUACAACUGGAGGCCGCAGGUCGCAGUGA